GUUCUGAAACGAUUCGAGUCGUUUUGAGCAUGUACACACAGUGAAACGAAGAGUUCGGACAUGAUUUGAAGCUUCUGAAAGUCUCGAUGAGUGUUGAAUCUUGAGGCCUCGCCGGGGCUUCGGUCUCUAAAGUUUCGAUGAGUUUCGAAAGUCGCGAUAGAUUUUGUAAAUUUUAAAAAUCAUGAAAGUCUUGGCGAAUUUUUAAAUCUCUCGAAUCGUAUCGAAGUUGAGAUUCAAACUCUCGCCGCUACUCUUACCGAGAUACUCACAUUGUACCGUCGAGUGUCUGGUCUAGAAGAAACAAAUAGAGUUUAGUUAGCAGCGUAGCGUAUUAACAACGGCACGGCCAACCGAGUUUGAUAGUAUUAUUAAAUAGAUUAAUAGAAAGUUAUAUUUUUCGAAUGUAUCCUUUUUAGGGGAAAAGAUCCAUCUAUAUAGAAUAUAAUCAUACCUAUUUAUAUAUGCAAUGUCUUUUUAUGUUUUAAUUAUCCAUGUGAUUAAUCGAAGUUAUUACAUUUACGUUCACAUUUCGUUUCUUAUUAACUUAUGCUAAUAUAAUUACAUGUGUGCAUAUUAAUUAGAGUUCACAGUCCGUUAGGACGAGUUCGUAAGAAUAAGCCAGAUCACGUGCCUUUCUGAACUAUGUUCCACACAAUUAAUAAAUUAAAUAGUCAUACCACCUGUAACCAAAAUAUUACUAAAUCUUUCAAAAUGUUGGUGAAAAUAUUAUAUUUCCGAUAAAUACAUAUAAACAAUUCUCAACAGCUUCGGUUACAUAAUAUGCGUCGCUAUCUACCAAGUAAGAAUUACGUCAAUUACAAUUUGCAUCGGAAGAAAAAAAAUUAUACCUAAUUCAGCUACUUGCUUCGAUAAUCAUUUCUCGAAUACGCGUGUCAUUUUGCUCACUAAAAGGUAUUGCAAGUUUCUUUAGAAAACGGCAUACAAUAUAGUACCAUUUGGCAGUUUCUUAUCAAGCAUUCAAAAAUGACACUAGUAGGUACUAAUAAUAAUGUAUCGCGUGAGUUUACGUCAAAAUCGGAUCUGCCAAUCGCGUCACUUUUGACGAAGUCUCUUCAUAGUAGUUUCCGAGUUCUUCUUACCAUUAAUUCUACUUCAAGUUACAAAAAUUUGUGACACAUUAAUUUUUAUAUAUCGUUAUAACAUUCAAUCUUGGUGCAAACAUUUAUCGCGUUGCGAUAAAUCGUCUAUCAUAUAUCGAGAUCACAUGUUUAAAGUAAUUCUAUAUUGAGACUGUAAUCUCCUGUUUAGAGGAAUAUUACUGAAAGUAUAUUUGUUUACAUUUAGAAAUCGUUUUUUCACUCACUAAAAGAUAAGCCUGUAUUUACGUGUGCCAGGAAUAUCGUCAGAGUCCAAUUGAUAACGGAUGAUGUAGAGACACCGAAAAUGUUAUCAAUAGGUAACCUGCAUAUAUCUGCAUAUAUCUAAUACUGUAUAUAUCUAGCAGAAAAUUUAAGAAGGUGGGUUACCAGAGUUUUGUUGCGCAACUCAAAUAUUUACUGAUAAACUGAUAUAGAGCAACGCAAUUUCAAAGCUAAAGUUAUCAUUUAAAGUGCCACUACUUACUGACUGUAAAGAAAGAUUGAUAUAUAAAAAUAUUAACGUUAAUAUCAUCAUUUGGAGAAACGUAUUCGUUGUCUUCGUAUGGACGCAAAAUAAUCUUCAAAUUUUCGUUUAAUUUUUAUUACAAUAUAAUUUUAACGAUCACUAGUGCUGGUUUAUGCAAAAAUGUAUGCGCAAUUCAAUAAAAUAUUGAUUCUUUAUAGGUUAUUUAUGAGAUAAAAUCCACAUAUACUACGUAGUCCGGUUUGGAGAUCAGUAGAAUAAGGCAGAGAUAGUAUACCAUCAGCCGGUAGGCAUCUGCCUGACCUAACGUGUCUAUUUCUCCUUAACAUAUCAUACGAUGCAACUGUUCAAUAUUCGAUUUCUACGAAUGAUGUUGCAUAUCAUUAUGCAUGUUUCUAAAAAAAAAAAAAAAACGAAGUAACGUAAGAAAUAACGAAUUUAAAUAUUCCUUCAAAAUUAUUACAUUACAAAAUUGUAAAUUCUUCGUAAAACGAGAAAUAAAUGAUUAUUAACGGAUAAUUUAGGCUAGAUAGAAAACUUGAAAUAUAAAAGAUAAGAAACAAAAAUAAAAAGUCAUAUGAUAUGGAGAUAUCAAAUUGUAUAACUGCUUUAAAUUCAUAUCGAGUCGCUGCGAAGAUAUUUUUUAUUUUGUACAUGACGUAAAAAAGAAAAUAUUUCCGAAAGAACAGAAAAACUGAUUAUCUCUUGUUUACGAGAUUAUAUUUAUACUCUAAUAGUACAUCCGACAUUUUCGUCAGCAACAACUAAUUGAUUACGAAACUGAAGGAAAGAAAUAUCGCAUGCAUCAUGCACUUUAUGUUUUCUGUAUUAUUCUUCUUCAAUUAUGCAGAUCAUUUGUUGGAUUAAUUAAGGAAACAUUAAUCAUCUGCACUCGCAAAUUCCAUAGAGCGAGCUUUGAUAUUCUUUUAUACAUUGUUGUGAGUAGACUGGUUUGAAGUCUAUAACUUUUUUUAUAAAGUGUCAAAGAAUUUUCAUAAUCUUCUACUCUUUUAUUUUUUAUAUAAAAUAAGUUGUUGGACAUGCAUCAUUGGAUUAACGGUUAGAGGAUCUUAUACUUGCAUACGUCCGCGUGAACAAGUUUGCUGAUUUCUAGGGAACAUCGAAUAAUUUUUAAUCUUAUUUUUUUACAUUUUAGUCUUUAACUGUCAUCCGACAAUAUACAUUGAACCUGUGAUAAUAAAUUUUAGUAUGUUGAGUCAAAUCGUUAUCAUUCUUUCGCAAUAUACGUAUAUCUAACAUACUCAUCGUGUGAAUGACGUGCUGCAUCGUUACAUAAGCGUAUCAAUGGGACGGUAAUUUUAAUUUUAUCUGUGUCGAGUCAUUGACUUAAUCAUUGACUAAAUACAGAAUAGACCUGACACUAUAUGGGAUUUAUUAUGGAAUUUAUUUAUUCAUUUGUAUCUCACAUUCUGAAAUACCGAUCACGAGAAAAAUCAGUGUGUCUCUUACGUUUUCUAGGAUUUGCUACAACAAAUAUGAGAAUUAUAUUCAAUUCAAUCGUCGCGUCGCAAGCGAUAACGAAUUUGUCAUCUUAUGGGAUAUCGUCACACGUAAUACUGUAAUAGUACAUUGGACGAGGUACAGGAUGUAUUGUCCUCACGGCAGCAGGAAAGUAAAGGAUAACUCAAAACUGACCCGAUACUCACGAUUCAAAAUCCCGCGCAAAAUGGCCGUUACCAACGUGUUUUAUUUCAUAUUUAUUUACAGUCAGCGACUCUCCUCAUUGGAUGAAUCGUGAAUAGAAACCAAUAUGGCAUCAAAAAGCCGCGUAAAAUACACUAAAAUAAACGUUACAUGUUAGACAAAUCUAUGUGUUAAUCUAUGAUUUUACGUACGCAUAAUUUUUGAAGUGAUAAAUUCAUAACAUCCAUAGUAUCUUAAUCUACCGGGGUGGAGCCAAAGAAAUGGAUUUUGGAUGUGCACGUUCACUGCAAAGAAACGUCAAUUCCUGAUUCUUUCAUUUAGUAUUUGAAGAGUUUGCGCGUUUAAAAGGACACUUUAAUCCAAUUAACUCCCUAACAUUUCACCCUAACAAUCGUAGUUUCUCAACGGGUGAAGAAGAUGGUUUAUGUUCGUAUUAAUAUAUUUGAUCAAUCUUAUUUUAAGUACUAAUUUUAUGAAAUAAAGAUAAAUAUAGAUGUAUCAAUUAAAUGAAUGGCAUAAAUUAUUUUUUCUAUUCAUUUUCUUGGUAUAAACAUUAGAGUAGAGGCCUGGUACAAUAUGUCAGAAAUAAAGAUUUACUAUGUUAUUUAAAUUUACUGUUCAUAUAAUACAUCAUUUUUGUAGCAAAAACAUGGAAUAGUCCUAAAUAUUUAAGGCACGUAGGUGAAUUAUAUUGAAUAUAAACUUAUUUCUUAUUUUAAUAAUUUAACACUAACACCUUACACUCUCAUUUCCUUUCUAGUAGAAACUGGUACAAAAUUGUUAGAAAUAAACUCUAAAUAGUGAAAUAUUUGCACAGUUGGUAAGAAAAAGUCCGACAUUUUGUGUGAAUCAAUUAUCCAGGGUUUCUACUAUAUAUUAAAGUAUAUAUUUAUUCCAAACGUAAUCUGAAACCAAAAAAUUUUCUCUCUGCCAAAAGUUAAUUUUUACAAAUAAAAUUCGAUAGUAGAAUAAAUUAAGAAAUAUUUCUGUUUAUUAAGAAAUUAAUUAAUUUUAUGAUUGGACAUGAUCGCUUUGUAGCGCUGUUAUUCAUAUAAUUCAUCAACAUAUACAAAGUGAAAUAUGAUGAACCGUCAGUUUUCUACGACGUCAUAUUUAUAAAACAGUGAUUCUGAUGAUUUUUUAACCAUGGAGCCUAGUGAAGAACAAAAAUCUACAUCAGAAGAGCAGAACUCAACCAAACUAUUGAAUAUUAAUCCAAGACUAUAUGCCGAGCCAGAAAGCCAUUUGCAGAAUCUUGGGUUUACUGUAAAUAAUGGAAAGGCUAGAUUCAAAUUGGAUGAGGAUGCACCUUUGUACUGUAAAACAGCAGUUAAAGAUGUUUGUGCUGUUGAUGAAGAUGACACAUCAUUAUCUUUUGUGGUGCUAGGUAAAGAUUCAUUGGAUACUAUCCAACAGUCAUCGCUUGCAUCUUAUGUUGAUAUUCAACAAAAGUGUAUGUCUAUUGAUUAUAAUUCUAUGAUAGCGUCAUGGGAUUCAGCAGAAGUACAUCAAAAGUUAAAUGAGGUGUUACAAGAAAACACAAAAUUAAAGGAAACAUUAAAACAGAAUAAUAUAGCUAUGAAACAACAAUUUAACACACUAGUGACGUGGCAAGAAGAUAUUAUGAGAAUACAUCAAAAUCAUAAGAAAAAAUUUGCAGAAACUAGAGAAUUAAUAAACUACCUUAAAAAAGAAAAUACGGACCUAAAAAUGAGACUUAGCUCUGAACUAACUAGUCAUUCGGAAAUGGGAUACGAGUUUCUUGAUGCAAAUGAUAAACAAGAUACAGCAAGAGAGGAAAAAGUGUCUAUUCCUGAAAAUCAACUUAGUGAACAAGUUUGUUGUGAAUUAGACUCGAUAUUGAAUGAAAAUACAGACAAAGUAAAGAUACUAAAGGAAGGUGGGACUUCAGAAUCCAUUGAAAAAACUGUAGAAUCAGAACAAGAAAACGCUGAUAAUAAACGAUUUUUCGAAGAAGAAAAAAUCGCACUUCAGAAAGAGAGAGAAAAUCUUGAAGAAGAAAAGAAAAUGCUUGACAGUCAAAAAAAGACCUUGGAAUUAGAAUACAAAAAUUUAAACAGUGCUAAAGAACUUCUACAGCAAGAAAAAAUUAGUUUACAAGAAGAACAAACAUCUUUGGACCAACAAAGUCAAUUAUAUGAAAUUUAUUAUAAAAAGUCUUUAGAAUCAGAAAAGGAAAAAUUUCAAACAAAAUAUAACCAGCUAAUUGCUGAAAUUGGUGUGAUGCAUGAAAGUGUACAGAAAAAAAAAGCAUGUAUAAAAGAGCUGCAGAAAGAAUUAGCACAAUAUGUGGAAGAUAACAGUUUGCUGCGAACACAGUUAAGACUUCAUGAAGAAGAUUUUGGACAGGAGAGAAAACUCAGGGAGAUAUUAUUACAAGAGAAAAAUGCACUAAAUGCAGAUUUACAAAAACAAAUAGAAUUUAACGAGAAACUACAACAACAAAUUAAAUCUCUAAACAGACAUUAUUGAACAAUUACAGCCCCCACUGUUAUCAUUGUCAUGUCCAAACUGUAAUUGUACAUUCCCAAAUGUACAUUUACUGGAAACUCAUGUUAAUGAUUGUUUAAGUUUAGACUAGUGCAAAAUCUUAAAAUACAUAUUUUGUUAAAUAUGUGUAUAAUUAUAAAAAUAGAAAUAUUGAUAGAUAUAAAAAUGUUUCCAUUAAUGUUAUAUUAGACAACAUACAUUUUAUUGUAAUAGAAGUUGUAAAUAAGAUGAAAUAAAAUUAUUUAAAUUUUAGUAUUAAAUAUAAA